AUGGCCCCCCUCUCGCCGGCUGAUGUCCAGACUCUUCGCGCUGGCUCGGCACCGUUAAACCUCUCAGUCGCCGCGAAUGUCUCUGCGGAUGCCUUCAAAUCACCCCAUACACUGGGAAAGCCCAGAGCUAGGCCAAUGGACCACCAUUUUAGCAUGGAGAGUGCUGGAUUCCGCGGCUCUGCGAUGAAGAAGUCGGCCAGCGUGGUCAGCGCGCGAAAGGUCAUCCCCCUAGGAGCGGGCAGACCAACCGCAAACUAUUAUCCAUGGAACGAUCUCGCCUUUGAGGGGAUGCGACCAGCCCUACAGAGUCUCCCGGAUGAGAGUCCUGGAGACGCACCGCACAUGCAGACUGCUUCGAAAGAAGGCGUCGACUACAACCUGUCUCUGGUGCUGAAUUAUGGCGGCGCUUCCGGGUCGCCACAUCUCCUCCGGUUCAUCACCGAGCAUAUAGAAAUGGAAUACACGUACCCGGGCGCUCUGGAAGGCGCCCGUCAACUGGACCUUCACGUCCACGGCAUCCAGAUGGACAGGGAAGGCGCACGGGCGGACGACUUAGCCCGCCUUUUAGAUACAUGGGAUCUCGCACGAGGCCUGAAGCCGAGACUCCACUACAUGAUUCCGUCGGGCCAAAAUCCCACGGGCACGACACAGUCCCUCGCGCGAAGGCGGGAAAUUUACCAGGUCGCCGAGGAGCAUGACCUCCUUGUCAUCGAAGACGAUCCGUAUUACUUCCUUCGAGCGGGGACUCGCGGAGAGGAAUCCGACCGAAACGCCCGCGUUCCGUCAUACGUAUCCCUUGAUAAGUCGGGGCGCGUGGUGCGAUUGGACUCCACGUCCAAGAUCCUGGCCCCGGGGCUGCGCGUGGGUUGGCAGGAGGUCAGCACGGUGUCCGUCACCGGUCCCUCCCAGUGGAUGACAUGGAAGCUCCUCGAUGAGUGCUGGGGUCAUCAAGGCUUUCUCGACUGGCUGGACAGCCUGUCGCUCGAAUACCGUUUCCGUCGAGACAUCCUUCUGGAUGCGUGCAACCGUUACUUGCCGAAAGAGAUCUGUUCGUGGGUAGAGCCAGUGUACGGCAUGUUUCUCUGGAUCUGUCUCGACUGGCAGAAGCAUCCCCGAUUUCAGGCCUCGAUAGCCCAGAAAGAUCACCAGUGUCAGAUUGUAGAAAUCGAAAGCAAUAUUUUAUUAACGGCGUUCUUCAACGGUGUACAGGUCACACCAGACUCCUUGUUUGGCUGCAACAGCGCGCUCCACCAAGCCCUACAUUUCUGA